AAACGCAGUGCACACAUUUACAGUGAAGAGAUUCGGAAGAUUCGAGUCACUGAAUCAAAACUAUGCCCAGUUCCAAACAACUCUGCUUUGAAGUGGUCCAACAGGUGGGUGGAGCAGAACGCAACUAUUAUGACGUCAUGGCAACUGGCUCCCACUACACACACACACACACACACACACACGGUCCAUUAAACAUGUAUUUGUCAUCCAGGCUGAACCGCUUUAAACCCUGUCGAGCAGCUGAAGGAGGGUGUUUCAGUGAGUGUUUGAGGACAGUCAGCUUGAGUGACUGACGGUAAAUGGAGUCCAUCCAAGAAGCGCAGUAGAAGCGAUGCCACCGGUUUGUCUCCGACUAGAACUUGUUUAUGGUUUAUAGUCGAUACUAUUUGAUCGGUCAGCAAUCAAUCAACAGCAGCAGCGGAGGUGAAAACACCGGGGUGCUUUCUGCUCUUCUGUCAUAUAGGCACUUCCCAGUUUGUCUGUGUUUUGAGUUCAGACGGACCUCCCCUCCACCCACACCAAGAUGCACAUGAAUAGCUUAUUAAACCAGUGCACGGAGAUCUCCAGGAUGUGUGAAGUGGACGUUUCGUCUGAGCCCACGAGCCCGACACUCUGCAAUGAGUCUUCUGACACGUACUGCCAUGUGGACCGCUGGCAGAAAUUGCGCACUGCUGUCCGCAAGCUGGAGUUCUGGGAGAACUUCACACAUGAGCUGAUUGGCAGUGGAUUCUUCUCGAAGGUCUACAAGGUGAUCCACAACACCACACGGAAGGUGAUGGUAGUAAAGAUAUAUAAGAAUGAUGUUGAUCAGGACAGCAUUGUACGAGAAAUCAGCCUGCUGCAGAAACUUUCACACCCCAACAUCGUGAGGUAUCUGGGUAUUUGUGUCAAAGAAGACAAGCUGUACCCUAUUCUGGAGUAUGUGAGUGGAGGAUGUCUAGAGGAGCUGUUAGCCAGGCAGGAUGUGCCUUUGUGCUGGAGAGAGAAAGUAGACCUGGCCUCCGACAUCACCAGAGGGAUGAUUUACCUCCACUACAAGAACAUUUACCACAGGGAUCUCAACUCUAAGAACUGUCUAAUAAGGAUGACUGCGAGAGGCAGAGAGGCGCUGGUCACAGAUUUUGGUUUGGCACGAGAGGUUGUUGAGCUUCCAUCAAAGGACCGGAAGCUGUCUCUUGUAGGCUCUGCAUUCUGGAUGGCCCCUGAGAUGCUGCGUGGAGAACCGUAUGACCGCAAGGUGGACGUGUUUUCUUUUGGGAUUGUUUUAUGUGAAAUUCUGGCCAGGAUCCCAGCAGACCCAGAAAUCCUUCCAAGAACGCAGGACUAUGGUCUGGAUGUAUCAGCGUUUAGGAAAAUGGUCAGUGGGUGUCCUCAGCGUCUUUUGGAGCUGGCAGCCAGCUGCUGUCUACUCGACGCAUUCAGAAGACCCUCGUUCACAGAGCUUCAAGAUGAGUUGGGGGAGAUUGCUGAGAGUUUGGAAACUCCUCACUCUGAGCUCACCACAGGCUGACCACCCUAUGCUAUCCCAUCAGCCCCUGCAGUCAGACACACACACAGAUGAAGUUCUGUACAUAGACAUUAGUGCAAUGACAAAAGCAGCAAAACUUUCCGACUGGAUUGUCUGGUCUCUAUUUAUUAUGGACGCUCUGAAAGUGACUACAUGGCCCUACUGUUCGGCACAGCUGUACAUAGCAUAUUCUGUGCAAUAAAUAGUAAUUGUAUAUCAAGAGAAAUGUCGUAUCAGGUUCCGGCUAAAAUGUUUACCUGUUUGCAGUGUCAUCUACAAUGCUACAGAUUUUUUAAGUGUAUUGUAUGUUUUGUAUAGGAAUCAUUUUAUAUUCAAAAACCCAGAAUUAAGGUUUGAGGAUAAAGCUAACCAUUGAUAAAAGGACUAACUUUUAAAUAACCAAAUAAUAUUUUCAUAAGCUUCAGUAAAUGAUCAAUUAAGAAAGUGAUUUAUACUUAUUUUGGUACCAACUUUCUAGUUAGGAAAAAAGCGCACUUGCAUUGAUUGAUUUUUGAAAAGUGAUGAGAGCGCGCUUUUUUUUUUUUUGUAAACAAUAUGAGCAAGCACUCUUAACUUGUGGUUUUGCUUUCACUGGAAGCUGAACUGCUUAUUUCUAGAAAUUCUCCUCAAGAGUCAUCAGGAUGAAGUCUUUUCCCUGCCUGCAGGUGCCUCCGUGCUGCUGGAUUGUACUGCCAAUUGUUUUGUUAACAAUUAUCCAUACAAAGCUUUAGUAUUUCAUAUUUGCACGCAGGUUUUAUGUGUUCAUUUUAGUUUCCUUUUUUUUUUUUUUUUUUGCAGUUUGUUGCGAGUCAUCAGCACAAAUAUAUGAAUCCAAGCUUAAGAUGGCACUCCAAUAAACAGUGACGACAAAUUUCUCUUUAAACGUAAAGUGUCUCACAUAAUUUGUUCAGAUGGGUCGUUAUUGAAUAAAACAUGUGGUUGAAUUUUUCUAAAACUGGAUGAGGUUUGCACAAAUCAGAAAACCUGACAAGCAUAGAGGGAAAAAAAUCACUUGGUAAUCCUAAAGUCAGUAUCACUAACCAUAUCAAAUGCAUAAUCUGACUGUUAUUUUUUUUAGUGAUGGUACAAUAAAUAUGCAUUUAUCAUUUACUCA